UGCAAAUCUUUCACUUCCGUAAGCCAACCUUCGAACGGGCGGAGAUAGCGGAGUGUGUUUCGAUGAGAAUACAUGUACAGAAGUGGAUUCUUACAGUCGUAAUUUCGUUUAUAAUUGAUUCGCUUAUUGGAAAUUAACAAGGACGCAAUCAUGAGCAAACAGUGUGCAAAGUGUUCGAAAACCGUGUUUCCGGUGGAGGAACUGAAAUGUUUGGACAAGGUAUGGCACAAGGGAUGUUUCCGUUGUCAAGAGUGUGGGAUGACACUUAAUAUGAAGAAUUACAAAGGAUAUAAUAAAUUGCCAUACUGCAAUGCGCAUUAUCCCAAGACAACACACACAGUUGUGGCAGACACUCCAGAGUCCAGAAGAAUCGCAGAGAACACGAAAAUCCAGAGUAAUGUUCAGUAUCACAGCGAUUUUGAGCGCAGAAAAGGCACUUACACACAGGUGCCCGACACCGUCGACAUGAAGCGGCUAUUGCUCAAUACCCAAAAUCUUAGCUCGAUACAAUAUCACAAAGAUUUCGAGAUGACCAAGGACCAAUUUACACCUGUUGUGGACACUCCGGACCUCCAAAGAGUUCGGGACAACACCAAAAACAUUAGCUUGAUAGAAUAUCAGAAAGAGUUUACAACUCAGCGUGGAACGUGUAACCAAAUAUGUGAUACAGUUGAAAUGAGAACUCACUUUCGAAAUACUGACAAUUUCAGUACGAUUAAAUAUCAUGCAGAAUUUGAGAAAACAAAGGGUGCUAAGAUAUCAAUAGCUGAUGAUCCGGAGACGAAGCGUGUGAGGAAAAACAUGGAGACUAUCAGUAAUGUCAGCUACCAUGGAGACGUACUCAAGAGAAAUAAAAUGGAGAUGAACCGCCCAGUUGAACAGGAAGAGGCGCAGAGUAGACGUCGUCCCGGGAGCACCGGUGAUCAUGAACCUCGUGGACGCCAGCCUGGCAGUAUUAGUGACUAUGAUCCAACUGCAAAUAAGGGGGGAACACCCUACUCCCAACGCCAGUCACAGGGUACCGCUGUGUACGACUCCCGAACUGGAGUAGUAUAUGAGAAUCCCAUGGCGUACCAGGGGGGUAACUACCCAUACCAGGGUAGCAGUGCCCCCCAGCAACCGGGGGGUAAUGCUCCCGCCUAUGCGGUAUGGCAACCUCCGAGCACUCGGGUUGUUCAAAAUGGAUCACAUGGCAGAAAAGUUGGAUCAAUUUCUGAUUACGAUCCUGUAAAUGAGAAAUAUGGCUCCAUUGCCGGGCAAUACUCUGGAUACCAACAUCAACAAUCACCACCACCUCCACCACCACAACAGGAAGACCCUAUCCCUCAAUACAACCCUGUUGAGGUGCCCCCUCCCCACAUGGACGUAGAAGAUACCACAUUUAACAUCCCGCCUGUCACAAACGAUGAGGAUAUUCCCACAACUAACACCUCACCUGUCACAAACGAGGAGGAAUUCCCUACAACUAACACCCCGUCUGUCACAAAAGUGGAGGAACAAUUUAGUUCCAAUGUCCCUCCUCUCCCUGAUGAUGACAAUGUUGACCUGAGUGCUGAGAAAGAUGCAAUUAGUGCUCAAGAAGAGGAUCCAAAGAUGGAAAUUCAUUUCGCCACACCGGUGAGGAUGACUCCACAACAUGUGAUUUCUCCUGUGGAGAACGAUAUACCUCCACCUUAUGACCCCCCAGCCCCUCCAACAGAGGAGAGUAUCAGCCAGUCAGAGAACUACCCACUUCCAGGUCCUCCCGAUGACCUGACAGGGGGUUCUCAACCCCAGCAAGCACGUCAACCUGCAUAUCAGCCACAGCAGCAACAACAACAACAGCCGUACAGACCCCCGGGUCAGCCCCAAAGGAACCAGGUGAAGUAUAAAGCUCUGUAUGACUACACCGCAGCUGAUGAUGAUGAAGUUUCUUUUCGGGAGGAUGACUACAUCUCCAACUGUGAAAUCAUUGAUGCAGGAUGGAUGGAGGGUACAGUGGAACGGACAGGUCAACGGGGCAUGCUCCCUUCAAAUUACGUGGAAAAGACCUCAUAAAUGAUAAUCAAAUGUACCUCUUAUUUCUACUGUUUCUUUCUCUAUAGGCUUUAACAUCUGUACUGUGAAUCUAUAGUCAUUUGGAAAGAAAAAAAACAAAAAAAAAAUCUGUCGUUUUAUUUUAAGGAUUGGUGAAUGCCAACCGUUCUAGAUGCUAUAUGUGAAUGUUUUUAUUUUUGACCUGGUGUCAUGUAACUUUAUGUCCUAGUUUUGUUAUUUUUGUAUAUUUUCCAUUCUUCCAUCACACAGUCUACCCAACACACCUGUUCACUCCUCAGCUGGGAUGAAUUCUCUGUGGGGGUAAAUUGUCCUGUGAUGAAGAGAUGUUAUGAUAUUGUUUUGCAAAUCUACAUGUUUAUUGUCAGACACAGCAGAUAUAAAAAAUAGGAUUUUGUAUUUGAGAUAAAUAGAUCUUUCGGAAUUAUAUAAACAAAAGAAAAUAUAGAGUUUUUAUGAGAGUUCGUUAAUAGUAAGGAAGUUAAAAAGUUUUCUUAGCAUGUACUUUCUUAUAUACAAGAGCACCUUGUUGUAUGGAUGUCGUAUUUUAUCAAUUUUUUUUAUGAUGGAAAAAUAUUAUUUUAAAUGAAAACGUCACAUCAAUUGAAAUAUUGAUACAGUGUUAAGUAUUUCCGAAUUUAUGUAGUUCAUUAUCCAAAUCUGAAACAAACCUGUAACAAAUAACUAUAUUUUAUAUGUAUUGAUAUGUAUUUAUCAUCUAAAUGUGUAGCCAUUUUAAAAACAGCUUAUAAGAUAAGUCACUUUAUAUCAAAGCAGUAAAUUUUCUAGUGCAAUUUGAAUCACCAAAUACAUUAACAGACAUGGCACCUGUUAACUUAACCUAAUAGUGGUAAAAAAACAAAUAGAUGGGUACAACUUGUUGUCCAACAGAAAAUGAUUGUUCUGAUUGUUUCAGUAUUGAGGAAAUGCAUUGCCUCUUCCACAGUUUAUCAUUUACAUGUGCACAGAAAGUCUUCAGAAGAGUUGUGGGGAAAUAAUACUGAAGUGUUAACAGAUUCCAAUUUAGAGGAGGGGGUCUCUGGAAGAGGUAAAGGGAAAAUGUUCUGUUACUUAUGAUAACACAAGAUUUGUCCAACCCCACAAAACAUACAGAUAUAGUUAAAAACCCAAGGCUACACCAGUAUCAGAAGAUUCCAUAAGGAUAUCAGAUGUUGUGGACCGAAACAUGAUAACAUGGAGUAUAUUUGUAUAAGAACAUUGUGACUGGCUGAUGUAUGCUGUAAUAUAAGACCACAGUAUUGUAGAUGUUGACAGGUACAUGCUUUUAUGUUGAGUUGUAAUGCUGGUUUCUAUAUUUAUUUCACAUUUUACCUUUUUUUUUUUUGUCAAUUUUAUUGUAAACCACAGAUUUUAAGGAUUCAUUUUACACUUUUUUGUAGCAUGUUAAGUGAGCCUAAAAAAUGUUAUGUGCUAUUUUAUCUCUAAGUCGGUGACAAAGAGGAGCUAUGCAUACGCUUCUUUUGCAAAUAUAUGUAUCCAGUUCAAACUUUGGCUCUCAUGAAAGGAUUCAUAGUAUUCCUUAUAAGAAAGAAAAAACCACACAUAUCUGUAUUCAUAACAACUUAUCAGUUUUGAAAUGUAUGUGUAAUUGUUUAUAAAAGAUAUUCAUUGUUUUGCAAAUUGCUCUUUCUAUUGCCAGAUAGAUGUUGUAGAAUGUUGUUUUUGUAUUGAUAUUGAACCCUUUCAUUUCACAUGAAUUACAGUACAGAUGAGAAUAAAAACUUACCUUGUUGAUAUACCGUAUGACCGUACGUCCCAAUUUUCAAUACAAGAUCUAUCUUACUAUUGAAUUGUACGUCUGGUCUUGUGAAAAGAGGAUGCAAGGUUGCUUAUAGGCUAUUGUACUAAAUCUGGACACUGAGCGAGGUACAGGAGUUAUAUAUACGGUAGACUAUUGUAAAUAGAGAGAUUUGUGGUUGAAUUUUGAAAAAUUUAAGUCUGUUACUGCUGAAGCUUAAAGCUAUAUGUAUAAGAGUAAAACUUGCUUCAGAUUUGGUGUACUUACACGUAUAUAAAGCUCAGCAGAGAGUCUGCCCACUGCACACACUGGUCCCUGUGUGAGAGGGUCACUUGUCCUCUACGGUCAGUAGUGGUGCUUGUUCUUAGUUUCCAGUCUGUAAAUAUGCUUGUUCGAAGAGUUUAGCUUUGCAGAAGAAACUAUGGAGAGGUCUACUACCAUCUGGAAAGUAAAACUAUUUUUCUGGAUAUUUGCAGAUUCUUUCUCUCCUUUUCACAUAUACUGAAACAUUUAAAAUUUCACUGAAUUUUCGGAUGGUCAAAUAACGGGAUUAAAUAAAUGUUUGACAUUUCAACUCCACUUAUCAUACGAUAGUGUAAUUUCAUAGAAUUGUUCUCAUGAUGCCAUCGUUUUAUAAAAAUCAUGACAUUUUUUUAGGGAGUGUGGCUGUUUACAUACAGGUUGUAUUCAGGUUGUAGUAAAAAUAAAUACACAUGCAAGUUCAGACUUCAUUAGAAAUAUCAAUGUGUUCAUAGUUUGUUUUGGAAUUUCAGUAGUCCUAGUAUUUUGGAUGUCUUGCUAAAUUGAGAGGACAUUAGUAUAAAAAAAGAGCGACACGAUAUUUAUUGACAUGUAGCUGUACGGAAUUCUAUGUAAAUAGUGUAUUGAUACGUGUAUAACUACUUAGGUUAGAGGAUGGUCUUUACACACACAUCCUAUUACUGUACACUUUUAAAAGUAGAACUGGGUAGGACACUGUUCUUUUUCUUCAAUUUGUCUUUUUUUAAAUUAAGAUUUCACCACGCUGAUGAAAUGGAGUCAGGUUUAAACUGGCAUCAAAUUAUAAGGUCAGGUGGAAUAUUAUUUGCAAUAUUUAUUGUAAUUUAUAUGUUUUCGUAAUAUUACUGCACCCACAAAACUCAAAGUCUACUUAUUGUGUAUAUAUAAAUUUGAUAUACAAUAUUCGUUUUACUGAGGAGAAAAUCGUAAAAGUCAUUUAGUUUGGGUUGAAAAUUGUGUUUGAAUUAAUCAUCCAUUGUAACCACAUCUACAGUUAGUUAUCAAUGAUGUAUGUAUAUUAAAAGUCGGUACUCACUUUAAAUACUUGUUAGCUUUACACUGGAAAAUCAUUUGGAAUCACUGGAAUUCAUCAUUAGUUCUGCGAUUGUAUUUGUUUACACAUCAAUUUCUCUCUCAAAAAAAAAUAAAAACCAACUGGAUAUUCUGAUUAUUCAAGCAAUCACUCGAACUCAUGUGGUUCCAAUGAACUCCAAAACUGAACAUCUGAAAUGAUCAUCCUCUCUGUACACAGAAACAACCAUAGGCCAGUGCAAGGCAAAUGAGUGUCAAAAGUGAGCAACAAUAUUACUCAGAACAUUGUCUAGUUUAUCAGUAGCACAGAUGGGAGAGAGCUCGUGGGACUAUCUAUAACAGUAGAUCAAAUUGUAUUAUAUGUAGGCAAAUGCUGCCAGUAUUCAGUAAAAUAUUUUAUUGUUACAUA